CCCCGCCCGCGACUGAUAAGCCGCCCAUGCCGAGGGCCCCCGGCUCUCCAUCGGGCAGGGAAUGUUCAACCUGCUAGUUAGGAGGUUCAGCUCAGCUGGAUCAGAGGACGCGGCUCCCGCAGAUCAAGGCACCAAGUCCCAGGAAGAUGAAGUCAGUAAAUCUCCCAGAGGUUCAAUAACAAAUAUAAAUGUUCGCAAACUAUCAAGAGGUUCUGCUGUGGACCAAGAAGUGUCACCAAGGAGUUCUAUUGGGGCACAGGUCAGUAAAUCAUCGAGAGGUUCUUUUGCUGACCAAGAGGUUUCAAGGUCACCAAGAGGUUCCAUUGGUGAACAGGUCAGCAAGUCACCAAGAGGUUCUUUCGUGGACCAAGAGGCUUCUAGAUCACCAAGAGGUUCAGUAGAAAGAGAUGGAUAGAUCACCAGAUUCUGUUCUAGACC